GUUGCCGGGCCGAUGCUCACACACGGCCUUUGGCCAUGGCAAAGGGUGGCGCAUCGGAUAGGUGCGCUGGUGCCGCGAAGGUGCACGAACCAGUUUCGAGCAUUUUCUGAUGAUGCCGAAGCAUCCGAAUCUGGGGAGGCCUCAACUGAAGAUGCAGCCGGUGAAGCUGCGGGUGGCGCAGCUGCUGGUGCAGAUGCAGGCGAACAGGCGCCGCCGCGACAUGGCCUCCUGCCGCGGCUGAGCGCGCGAAAGCUUCGAUCGGACCUGCCGCCGGCGUCCUGGCGCUCGGCGCCGGACUGGGUUGACCUGGAGUUGGAAAGGGCCGGACUACCGCCCGAGGCCGAGCUCCCGCCCGACGCGCAGCUGGCCUCUCGCUGGGCGGAGGAGGAAUUCGAGCCCGAACCCAAUGUGCUUUGGCCUCACGCCGCCUUGGACGACCACCGCUCCAGGGCCUUCGUCCUGCCGAGGGGUGCGGAGGACACCAAGAAGCUGGAGGAGAACCGAGCCAGGCUCGAGGCGCUUUGGAGGAUGAGCAGGUCGCAUGGCACGAGCUGGGAUGACCUCGAUGCUGCCUUCGUGGCUUUCGCUCAGACGGGCAAAAGGAGGUAUGCCCAAUGGUCAAGGGGGAAGAUCAAGCCAGACGAGAAAGAGAGUGGGGCGGAGGACAAACCACCGACCGGCGGCUUCCGGGGCGGCUUCCGGGGCGGCGCGCCGGUCCUGGACGACCGGGAUUUGCCGACUGCCGCGCUGGUGAAGCAGCACUGCGAGGUCCGGGCCCGGAAAUUCAUCGGGCAGUUCUGCCCGCAGGGCCAGGACCCCAAGUUCCUCUUCCCCUCGGCCACCCGGCGCCUCACGGCGCGGCUGUACCGCCAGGAGAAGAAGAAGUUCCUGGCGCCGUGGGCCCCCGGCAAGCUGUCCGUGAAGCUCCAGCAGCUGGUGGCUGCCAGGAUGAUCCGGCGUGAGACCAACGAGCGAACCUAUGGCCUCAAUCAAGGUCCACAGCCUUCGAAUGGAGGUGACGGCAAACCGGAGUAGACCACGUCAAAAUGCCUUUUUCCGUCG